AUCAUAUAAGUGUGACAAGUAAAGCAUAACUGAUGAUUUACAAGUGAAAGGUGCCCCAAUCAAUGAUAAUUGAAGUGGGAAAUACCAAUACAGACUUCGUUCAGGUCUCAGUCACCAUGGGAACUAGUGCACUUGAACUCUUUUUGUGCAGAACUGUCAACUUCUUAUUAUUUAAAUUUUAAGAAAGAGUGUUACCUCUGACAGAGGUGGGGUGGAAUUACAGAAGAAAAGACUGAUUGGCCUAUGCGGCCUGAGAGUCAGUAAUAUGUGUGUGGGAUACCCUGAGACAAACAACACAAAACGAACAACACCAGGGAUACAGAAAAGGUGAUAAACAAAAGAGAGUAUUAAUGUGUUUGUAAGAAGUUGGGUCAAUCCUGAAGUCAGUUUACCCUCAAAAACCUGAAAAUCAAUCAAAUCAAAGACAUUAGAUAAGUAAUGUGACAUCAUUUAAAAGUAAUGGCAAAAGAAAAAGAUCAAGGAAACAUGAGAAAACAAUCAAUAUGAGACAUUAAUUAAAAGUAAGUUUUGAGAGAUAAUUUAAAAACAGACAGUGUAAACAAAUCAUUACAAUAAUCUAGCCGGACAGGAAUAAAAGCAUGAAACACUUUGUGGAGAUCAUUAAAGUAAAUUGACAAUCUAGAAAUAUUUCUCAGAUGAAAAUAACAUGACGGAGCUGGUCUUAGAGCUACAGGGCUGAGAGCAGGCAGAAUGUGUGCUCAAAAUAUAUAUUUACAACUCAUCCAUAACCUUAAUGCUUAUAUAAGGUGACCAUGUUUUGUCGACUACGUUCCAGCUUCCCUUUCAUUUUGUCAAGUAAUUUACAACAAUCAAGUAAGAUACAACUCCCCAACUCCUUCUUCCACUGACAUGGUGCUGGGGAAGGAUUUGACCACUGUCACAUUUUUACAGCAAUAAAAAGCAAGAAUGCAGAAAUUCUUUUGGUAGCAAUCACCAAUACUAAACAAAGAUGUGGACUUGGUAUCAGAUCGAUUAUCAGACUGAUUUCCAACUUCCUUCCUUCUGUGACGAGUCAAAGGCCUAAAACUAUAACUUCUAAAAAAGGUGCCGAUGUAUUCACUACUACUGCAUCAAGAGUCAUUAAUGACUGGUCAUAAAUUAGUUACCGAGGACCUUUAUAUUGUUUGAGUCAUCUGUUGAAGGUGGCACUAAAAAUACGCGAUCAGUGAGAAAAUGUAGGUGUUAUUUCCUGAUUUUAAUGCUGGUGUACAUCUGAAGUGUUGUUUUUUUAACGUGAGUUUAGUUAUUUUAAACUUCAGUGCGAUUAUCAGUCAACUGCCAGUUUCCUGUUGCAUCUCUCCAACAUCCUUUUCACUGAAUGUUGCAAGAAUGUGAUCUUGUGUUGAGUAGUCAGAACUACAUUCAUCAGCUUGUCUCUGUCGGAAGGACAAAUCAUCUGUUGAGCAGCCAUGGUGCUGUCUCACCUCCAUCGACACCUCCUCCUCCUUCUUUCCCUUUCCCCCCUCCCCCUCACAUCACUGCCUGGGAACUUCAGCCAUGGAAAUCCUCUCCCUCUCACCCCCGCCCCUGCUGUGGCUGCAGCAGGCACCAUCCUGAAGGACCGGCCCUUUGUUGUGGUGUGGAACAUGCCCACGUCGCACUGUCAGAAACGUUACAACGUCCACCUGAACCUGGGAGACUUUGAUAUUGAAGAGAACCGACAGCAGAGAUUCCAGGGACAGAAAAUGACCAUCUUUUACCGUGACCGCCUGGGGGAAUAUCCAUACCUCUCCCGAGACGGCAGGAAGGUGAACGGAGGAGUACCGCAGCAGGGCGACCUCGCCGCCCAUCUUUCCCUUACGGCGAUGCAGAUGUCUGGCUUGCUGCAGCCAAACUUCACAGGUUUGGCCGUUAUCGACUGGGAGGAGUGGCGCCCACUGUGGGAGAGAAAUUUUGGAUCCAAGAUGGAGUAUCGGAGGCUGUCCAAGCACCUGGUGAGACAGGCGAGACCGGAUUUGUCUGAAAGGGCUGUGACAUCACUGGCGAGAAAAAGUUUCGAAGAGAGCGCUCAGAUGUUCAUGGAGGAGACAUUGCGGUCGGCGGUCAGAGGUCAUCCCAAGGGAUUGUGGGGGUUUUAUGGUUUUCCUGCCUGCUUUAAUAAGCACAAGAUAAAGACAGGUAGGACAAAUGAUAAGAGCUACACAGGACGCUGUCACAGAGGGACGAGACAGCAGAACGAGCGUCUGUCGUGGCUCUGGAGUCAGUCCACUGCUCUCUAUCCCAGCAUCUACCUGCCACAGCGGCUGGCAGGGUCACAGGACGCAGCUCUCAUGGUCAGACACAGACUGCUGGAGGCUUUGAGGGUGGCAUCACUGUGGCGCCACGACAACAACAUCCACCACGCCACACCAGUUCUUCCCUAUGCCAGACUAGCAUUCACACACACGCUCAACUUUCUCAAUGAGACAGACCUGGAGCAUACACUUGGGGAGAGUGCCUCACUGGGAGCUGCUGGAGUGGUGCUGUGGGGAGAGCGGAAAUUUGCCAAAUCCAAGGAUCAGUGCAUCUUUCUCAGAGACUACAUCCACGCAGUCUUGGGUCCAUUUGUGCGAUCACUGAGGUCUGACACCCACCGCUGCAGCCUUCAGCUUUGUCACGGCAACGGGCGCUGCACCAGGCGACGCCCCAACUCCGGUCACAUGGUUUCUUCGGGUCAAGCUGUGCUCUCCGACCCUCACGACUCCUCCAGCGUCAAAGCUUUUCAUCGCCACUUCAUGUGUCAGUGUUUCCCAGGCUGGACAGGGCAGGAGUGUGGAGAGAUGAUGAAGGAUGACCACAGGCCAAAGAACGGACAGAAGUAACACAAACCUUUCGGUCAAAGUGCUGUCAGUCCGUGUUCAUGAGAGAACAGGGACAUGUCAGUUUCUAAUUGUAAUAUAAAAUAAAUAAAUACUUUGUGAAUUUG